GGAGCUGAAUAAGGUCACUUAGAAGAGCAGCAAGGACCAGGAGAGUUGAUGAGCAACAUGCGCCUCCUUUUAAUCUUUGUGUUGACUUUUACACUUUCUACACAGACGGAUAACAAGGAUAAUGCUGAUGUAGAGUCUAUGGAUAAUGAUAACAAGAAGAAUAAUGACACAGAGACUAAUAAAGGCGGUGAAGACAAAAUGGGAAAAAUUAUGGAUAUGCUUGGUAGUGAAGGUUUAGAAGCAUUAAUGAUGCAUUUGAAGGAGGAAGAAAUAGAGAUAUUAAUGAACUGCAUGGACAAGCCGGGUAUAUCAGAGGAACUCAUGGGUGUAAUACCUUCUGUGUUAAAUGCUACUAAAGGAAUUAAUAAUGGAACAACGAUGUGUGCAUUGAUUAGAGAAUUUGCCCCAGAGGGUCCUAUGGCUCAAAUACUAAAGGGAUUGAGUGAUGAAGAUAUAAUAAAAAUGAUGAAUUGUUUGAAUGAAGAUGAAAUGAAAAUGUUACUGAAUAUGGGUAAAGGUCCUAAUGGGGGGGAUUUAAUUCAACAAGGACUAAAACUAUUACCUACUAUCAGGAAAUGUGGGCUGGGAAAACUAAUAGGUGGUGGUGGAGCAGGUGGACUUAUGAAUAUGCUUGGAAGCUUUCUUGGUGAUGGUGGUGGAUUGUUUAAAAGUGGUGGUGGUGGAGGAGGAGGAGGUGGACUUCUCAGUAUGCUUGGAGGUGGUGGUGGUGGAGCAGGUGGACUUAUGAAUAUGCUUGGAGGUGGUGGUGGUGGAGCAGGUGGACUUAUGAAUAUGCUUGGAGUAAGUCAACAUGUAUCUAAUACCUCUCAUUUGCAUUACAUUUUCUGUUACUUCUUGUGUACAAAACCACAACCAUCCUCUUGAGAUUCAACUCUCUGC